UCCAGUCAGUCACUCCUCAUACAAACAGCCCACAGAGCUCAAACCAACCCGCCCGUGUUUAACGCGUGGACGACCGCUGGACAGACAGGCGGUGCUGCUUCUUAACACAGGAUCUACCAUAAGCUUUAUUGAUUCAAUAGCCCGUUUUUCAAUUCUGCAUUGCUUAUAAACAUGCGUGUUAUUGAAGGAACAAGAAGUGUCGGCGCUUGAGAGACAGUCACUGAAUGACAGCAUGGCUAAACGAAGCACUCUAUUCAUCAGGAUUGUGGAAGGAAAGAACCUGCCAAUCAAGGAUAUAACUGGAAGCAGUGAUCCAUACUGCAUCGUGAAGAUUGAUAAUGAAGCAAUAAUUCGGACAGCAACAAUAUGGAAGACACUUUCUCCGUUUUGGGGUGAAGAAUACACUGUCCAUCUUCCUCCCUACUUCCGCACAGUCUCUUUUUAUGUGCUGGAUGAAGACUCUCUCAGCCGGGAUGAUGUCAUCGGGAAGGUGUCAAUCACUAAGGAGGUGCUCUCCGCCAAACCGCAAGGUGUUGACGGAUGGAUGAACCUAACAGAGAUUGACCCAGAUGAGGAGGUGCAAGGGGAGAUUCACCUCCAGAUCUCAGUGCUGGGAGAUGGAGAUAUCCCACGGAAACUGUGCUGCCAGGUCCUAGAGGCAAGAGAUCUUGCGAAAAAGGAUCGCAACGGGGCCUCUGAUCCUUUUGUCCGAGUGAGAUACAAUGGGAAAACGUAUGAGAGCUCGGUGGUUAAAAAGUCCUGUUAUCCUCGCUGGAACGAGAGUUUUGAGUUUGAACUGGACGAGGCGCUGACUGACAGUCUACUGAGUGUGGAGGUGUGGGACUGGGAUCUGGUCAGCAGAAAUGACUUCCUGGGAAAGGUCCUGUUCAACAUCAAUAAGCUUCAGUCUGCACUGCAAGAGGAGGGCUGGUUCCGCCUGGGGCCUGACAAAUCUAAACACAGCGAAUAUGAAGGUACUCUGGGCUCCCUGAGGCUGCAUCUCCGGCUUCGAGACGAGGUUGUGUUGCCAUCCAGCCAUUACAAGCCACUCACAGAGCUACUCAGCCAGUCGGUCGGCUCUCAGCUCAACGGAAACUGGCCUGAUUUCAUCAUGCUGAUUGAUGAGACCACUACAGCGGAGAGCAGACAGGAAGUAGCUAAUAAUCUAGUAAAGCUGUUUUUGGGUCAAGGGCUUGUCAAGGAGUUCUUGGACGUUCUGUUCAAACUGGAGCUGGACAAGACUACUGAACCCAACACACUCUUCCGCAGUAAUUCAUUAGCAUCUAAGUCUAUGGAAUCCUUUUUGAAGGUGGCUGGGAUGCAGUAUCUGCACCGGCUUCUGGGGCCCAUAAUAAACCGAAUCUUUGAAGAGAAGAAAUACGUAGAACUGGACCCCAGUAAAGUAGAACUGAAAGAAGCAGGGUGUGCAGGUUUGCACCGUCAGCAGACAGAAUCUGAUGUUAUUCAGCAGAGCUCCAGCCUCCUUCAGUCAUACCUGUCUGAGCUUCUCACCUCCAUCCUACAGUCUGCAUCCUACUGCCCGCUGCUCAUCUGCCAGGUUUUCCAUCAGCUCUACCUGCGAGUGCAGGAGCGCUUCCCGGACCCAGAGUACCGGAAGGUGAAGUUCAUUGCUGUAACCAGCUUCCUCUGUCUGCGGUUCAUCUCACCUGCCAUCAUGUCUCCAAAACUAUUUCACCUACGAGAGAAACAUGCCGAUGCCCGUACCAGCCGUACACUCCUGCUACUUGCCAAAGCUGUGCAGACCAUUGGGAACAUGGACACUCUGGCCUGCUGCUCUAAAGAGCCGUGGAUGGUGCGUUUGCAGCCUGCCAUUCAGCAAGGCAUCACCCAGCUCAAAGACUUCAUCACCAGACUGGUCAACUGCCAUGAGUCAGAGGAUCUUGAACUUCAGACACGAAUGAGCCUCCAGUGCGGCACUAUGGAGAAAGAGGGUUUUCUCUUCCUGCACAGGACCAAGGACAAGUGUAUGCCAAUGACUUCUCCCUUUAAGAAGUACUAUGUGACGCUCAGUAAGGACACGCUGUCUUAUUCCAGGACUCUGCACUCUAAGAAGAGCUCAUCUAUUUCCCUGCCAAAGAUCCGUGCGGUAGAGAAGGUGGAGGAGAAGUGUUUCGGCAGUGCCAACGUCAUGCAGAUCAUCUCCAGUGAAGACUCAGGCCAGCAGGAGACCCUAUACCUCGACUGCAAAAGUGUAAAUGAGUUGAAUCACUGGCUGUCGGCUCUCAGAAAAGCCUGCAGUCACAACACAAACACUAUGAGCUGCUUUCAUCCCGGCAUCUACAAAGCAGACAGAUGGAGCUGCUGCCAUCAGAAGGAGAAAUCAGACCCCGGCUGUGAUAAAACCCGACAUGGAGUGACUCUGCAGGAAUGGUACGACCCACUGGACCCAGAUCUGGAGGCUCAGCUCAUCUAUCAGCAUCUCAGCAGCGUCCAGCAUGCCAUGCGAGAUAAGUAUUAUAAGUUGCGAGAGCAGCAAGGAAUUCAGGAGGCAGAUUCAGGAAGAGACCAGAAGAAAUCUGACGGAGUUUCACAACUCUUCGACAUUCUCCAAGACCUUCACGAAGCUCAUACUGCGGUGGAGGAAGAGGAAAGAUCGAAGAAUAAAAACGUUUUUCUGGAACUACAAACGUAAACGAAAGGACGCUGGUUUGUAAUGAAUUUCACGUCAUUCACAGUGUUAUUCCGUCACUGAGUGGCUUCAAAAACAUGCUCUUGUUACGACACAGACCAGAAAAGAAAGCUGAAAAUGCUAAAAAGAUUGCUUUGUUCUUGUAUACUAGAACAGAUGUUUGUUUUUUAGAUGGAUAGUUAGAGGAAUGCAGUCAUGAGUAAGGAUAGUUGUGGUGUUUUCGCUGUGUGUUUGGCAUUAAGGUAAGAUGGAAUAUGGCAUUAACUUACUGCAUUGAUUCAAAUGGGUUCAUUUUAUUUGAAGGAAUUUCAGAUCUAAUGGUUUGAAUCACCAUUCUUCCUUCAUGUGCUUUUAACUUUAAAAAGAAAUACUUAGGAUUUGCAUGUCAGCUCUUCCUCUGUGUAUUUUUAUUGUUGUUAUUAUUAUUAUUAAGUCAGUUUUAUUUGAAUAUUUAUAUACACAGGAUUGGUGGGGAAAUGUUUGGAAUAAUUAGGAUUUUUUCGUGCAUUUGAAAGAUUUUAGGGUCAACUUAUUUAAUUAAUAAGACAUUACAGUUUUUCUCAGUUGCUUGGGUUUUCACUUCAGAUUGGCAUUUCUUAUUGAUUUAAGCAAAUUGCAAAUGCUUUGGCUCACGUGUGCAAACAGUGGGUACAAUUGUCUGUAGUUUGGACAAAAACAAAUUGAAUAUGGCCUGUUGAUCAAAACUGAUGAGUCGAUUCUCAUUUAAACUUCUCACAACUUCUCAAUCUUUUUUCAUCACACUCAAAACUGCUUAUUCAAUUAUCAAACAAUAGUACACACAUUUACACCAUAAAUAUCUGAUAUUAACAUUGUUUAUAUUGUCUUCUGAAUUGGUAAAUGACCUCUAAUUGCAAUACACUUCGAGUCAACUAUUAUCCAUCAAAUCUGGGAGAAUAUAGCAGUCAACAUUUGAAGUGGAUCAAAAUGUUUCAUCGAAGUUGUCCAAAAACUAUUCAGCAACACCCAUUCUUGUCUAACAGUAGGACAAUUUUAUCCACUUCAGUUGUUGACUAAUGUAUAUGUAUACAAUCACAAUCACUACCUUUUUUUUUUGGAAAACUUCCACAAUCCUGAACUGCAGCAUAAUGCUUAUGGAAGAGCAAUUUAAAGACUUGUUUGGCCUGACCAGCAAGAGUGACAGGGUGUCCACCAAGAAUAUUUUUUCAUUGAUGUUUAUUUUGUAGUAUUUUUGUGUAUUUGUGCUGACAUUAGAAAUAUAAAAUGUACAAUACAGUAAUUGGACCAGCAUUACAUGUGAGACAUUCUUACAAAAAUAAAUGUAAUGUAUAAAUAGUGAGUGAGUGAGUGAGUGAGUGAGUGAGUGAGUGAGUGAGUGAGU